AUGAUUGAGGACGCUCGGCUCAGGCUCUCGCGCCUGAACGCUGGCGAGAACCUGUCUACACUCCUUUCCAGCCUGCUCAACUACAUCUCUCCUCGCGAAGUCCUACACAACGGCGCCCGCCUACUAGCCGUCUACCUAGCAAUCGUCCUCUUCAACACCUUCACAUCCCCGAACCCCAAGUCUCUAACCUACCCUCUCUCCGUCAUGCAACUCAACAACUCCACCCUCUCCUUCGAAACCAUCCUCCUGCUCUCCCCGAAACCAGCCUUCAAGAAACAAGACACCGUCUACUUCAGCCUUCCCCCUUACGAAAACGGCAUCCUCCACGCCCCCUCCUCCCUCAACGGCAAAGGCGAAGAAGAAGGCAAGGGCCUCCUACACGCCACACCCAUGCAGACGGAGCCCGGCGCGCCAAAACGCAAAGGGCACACGGCGGCGUUGACGCGCAUCGUCGAGCGGGGAUACAGCACGGCGCUGAUAUUCGAGGACAAGAUCGGCGUCAACGCACGGUUCCGCGAGGAGCUGUAUGCCGUACACCGCGCGCUGCUGGCCAGACCGCGGUACGAGGAUAUGCAGUUGAGCGAGCUGCAUAAGCUCAAGGGCUACUGGGAUGAGCCAGAUGCCAUGAUACCUAUUGGGCCGCAGCCGACGUAUGCGCCGUACUACCGCGCGGCGCCGAGUGUGGAUAUUGGGGUGGAUGAGUAUGCGAUUGAAAGGCUGAUUAGUGGGAAGGGCUUGGGUGGUGUGCCACAGAGGGAUGAAAAGGAGGUGGGGCAAUGGGAUCUGCUGUUCCUGGGGGAUUGUCGUGAGGGGUGGGAUGAGGAGGCGCAGAAGAAGUUGCGGAGUAAGAAUAAGGAGCGCACGCCAUGGAGGAGGGUCGACUGGGUGGUGGAGCCCGGGCAGGCCAGCGGCUUGUGGGUGCCGGAGCGGACGGAGGUGGAUGUGCUCUACGAGAGGAAGCUGAGGGAGAAGAAGAGAGAGGAGGGUAAGGUUGGUGAGAAGGAGAUGCUGGGGCAGGGAUUGAGAAGAGUGGAUGGACCCCAGGAUGCGUGUAUACUGGCAUAUGCGGUCAGUCGCAGGGGUGCGCUGAAGCUACAGAAGCAUUUUGGUGCGAGCGAUCCGACGUUGGGGACGCAGGAUUUGAUGGCCAGGUUCUGUGGUGGGGAUGAGAAUGUGUGUUUCGUGCUCGGCGAAGGGGUAGUGAGGGAGCGGAGGGAGUGA